AUGGACUUCGAAAGUCCGGACGUUGAAAAAGACUUUCCUGGCUUAUACGCUUCGGAAACUGGACGGAAAAGCAAUGAAAGUGACUUCAGUGACAAUGGAGACCAUGAGAAACCAACUAAGAAAGAUUUAUUAGGACGUAGAAAGGAUAAAAAGGAAUCAAAAAAGGACAGAGGCUAUGCUGCUUUAGAAGGUGAAAGUUCCCCAGAAGAAGAUACUGAUACUAAAAGCCCAUCCAAGUCUAAAAAGACCAAAUCCUUUAAGUUUCCCACUAAAAGUAAGGAAAAAAGAGAGAAAUCUAGAGAUAAAGAAAAAGUACUAGAAGAUGUAACAAAACAAAAGGAGUUAAAUGAAAAGGAGAAGAGAAAGGAAAAGGAAAGGGAGAAAGAGAGGGAAAGGGAAAAGAAAGAAAAGGAAAAGCGAGACAAAUUGAGGGAGAAAGAUAAGGAAAAAGAAGAGAAGGCAAAAUUUAAAUUGGAAUCUAAAGAAAAGCUGAAGGAUGACAAGAAAGAAAAAGUCAAAGAAAAAGAUAAGGAAAAGGUGAAAGAGAAGGACAAGGAGAAAGUGAAAGAAAAGGACAAAGAUAAGAAAGAAAAGAAAUUAACAAAGAUGCCCUCGACGGUGACUUCGGGUGUCCCGUUCGAAGAAAUAUUUACACUGGGUGUUGCCCUGCCGAUAUUUGGCGUGCCGUUGCAACAGUCUGUGGAGCGAUCACGGUGCCACGAUGAUACGGGGUUGCCAUUGGUCGUUAGAGACAGCAUCGAUUUCUUACAGGCGAACGGACUUAAAUCUUAUCAGAUUUACCGCGCCGAGCCCGAUAAGAUAAAGCUACAGCAGCUCCGAAAGCUCUACACGGACCGUGGGCCCACCUUCCCAUACCAUUGGGAUGUACCUGUUGCGUGUGCCAUGCUGAAGAGCUUCAUCAGUGAACUACCAGAAUCAAUUCUGACGCAAGAGUUGCACGGUCAGUUCGAACAAGCCACGGCCAUCGCAGAACCACAGAGGGAAGCCACCGUGGUGAAUCUCAUCAAUAAACUUCCGUCUUGCAAUCUAGCGUUGUUGGGUUGGCUUAUGAGACACUUUGAGUCCGUAGUGGCUAACGAACAGGUGAAUCACGCGAACAUACAAACUCUGUACGCGGCGAUGGGCCCAACGCUGGGAAUGUCGCAAAAUCUCCUCAGCUACCUUGUCACAAAAGCUGAAAAAUUGUUCUCAGAUAUUCAUCUCACUAAAUAUGUCCCGCCGCUCCUCUCGAUUCCGGCAGAGUUUCCAGAUAACGCAACGGAGAUAAGCACUGAACUCCGAAAACAGGAAUCGCUGUUGAGUCAAAUUCACUCCGAAAUGCACGCUGGGUUUAUAACAGCCGCCCGCGACCAACAACUUUGGGAGGCUCAAAGGAUCGUCACACAAUUAAAGAGAAAACUUCGCUCAGUCCAAAAAUCCGUUGAACCGACCUCGUUGCCACUUCAACAAUCGGUCGACGAUAAACCAGAAGACGUUUCGCCACAACAACCACAAGCAACUAUUCCGCCGAACGAAACAGUUGAAGAAAUAAAAAUGCAAGAAGAGCCAUCAAAAGACCUCACAGAUAGCAAAGAAGUCGUAGCUGAAGUGGAAACAGAAAUACCAGACCCUACUUUUCCAGUAGACUUCGACUCUCAAAAUACUGAAUUUCCAGUAGAAUUUGAAGAUAAUUUCGAUUUCAAAGAAACUAAAGAAUUACCAACGGAAACGGAAAAAGAGAAACCAAAAUUAACAGAAAAGGAGCAAAAAAUACUACGAUUGCAGCUGGAGAACGCUGAAUACUUACAAUUAAAAUCCCUACUACAAGCGAAAAUUAAUUCUGAACAAUUUGAAAUAGUCAAACUAAGAAGUCACGUUGCGCUAAAGAAUAAGCUAGAAGGGCCGCAGAAUAAAGAAAGGGAGAAUAACCAAGAAGACCUAGAGUUAAAACAGCGGUUGUUAAAAGAAAACGCAAUGCUAGAACAAAAGAGAUUGAGUUUAGUAAAUCAGAUAUUUCAAGAGAGAGUCGCUUGUGUGCAGUUGAAAAUCGAGUUAGCCAUGAAAGAGAUUAUGUCCAAAUCAUAA